AUGUACUCAAGACCCGUCCAGAGAAAAUGUUCUCAAGUCCCGUCCAGAGAAAAUGUAACAAAGUCCCGUAAACAGAAUAUGUACCCAAGACCCGUCCAGAGAAAAUGUACCCAAGACCCGUCCAGAGAAAAUGUACCAAAGACCCGUCCAGAGAAAAUGUACUCAAGUCCCGUCCAGAGAAAAUGUAACAAAGUCCCGUCCAGUGAAAAUGUACCAAAGUCCUGUCCAGAGAAAAUGUACCCAAGACCCGUUCUGAGAAAAUGUCCCCAAGACCCGUCCAGAGAAAAUGUACCAAAGACACGUCCAGAGAAAAUGUACUCAAGUCCCGUCCAGAGAAAAUGUACUCAAGUCCCGUCCAGAGAAAAUGUGCCAAAGUCCCGUCCAGAGAAAAUGUACCCAAGACCCGACCAGAGAAAAUGUAUCCAAGACCCGUCCAGAGAAAAUGUACCAAAGUCCCGUCCAGAGAAAAUGUACCAAAGACCCGUUCUGAGAAAAUGUACCAAAGACCCGUCCAGAGAAAAUGUAUCCAAGACCCGUCCAAAGAAAAUGUACUCAAGUCCCGUCCAGAGAAAAUGUAACAAAGUCCCGUCCAGAGAAAAUGUACCAAAGUCCCGUCAAGAGAAAAUGUACCCAAGACCCGCCCAGAGAAAAUGUAGCCAAGACCCGUCCAGAGAAAAUGUACCAAAGACACGUCCAGAGAAAAUGUACUCAAGUCCCGUCCAGAGAAAAUGUACUCAAGUCCCGUCCAGAGAAAAUGUACCAAAGUCCCGCCCAGAGAAAAUGUACCCAAGACCCGUCCAGAGAAAAUGUACCCAAGACCCGUCCAGAGAAAAUGUACCAAAGUCCCGUCCAGAGAAAAUGUACCAAAGACCCGUCCUGAGAAAAUAUACCCAAGACCCGUCCAGAGAAAAUUAUCCAAGACCCGUCCAGAGAAAAUGUACCGAAGACCCGCCCAGAGAAAAUGUACCAAAGUCCCGUCCAGAGAAAAUGUACUCAAGUCCCGUCCAGAGAAAUGUACCAAAGUCCCGUCCAGAGAAAAUGUACCCAAGACUCGUCCAGAGAAAAUGUACUCAAGUCCCGUCCAGAGAAAAUGUACCCAAGACCCGCCCAGAGAAAAUGUACUCAAAUCCCGUCCAGAGAAAAUGUACUAAAGUCCCGUCCAGAGAAAAUGUACCAAAGUCCCGCCCAGAGAAAAUGUACCCAAGACCAGUCCAGAGAAAAUGUACUCAAGUCCCGUCCAGAGAAAAUGUACCAAAGUCCCGUCCAGAGAAAAUGUACCUAAGACCCGUCCAGAGAAAAUGUACCCGUCCAGAGAAAAUGUACCCAAGACCCGUCCAGAGAAAAUGUACCCAAGACCCGUCCAGAGAAAAUGUACCAAAGUCCCGUCCAGAGAAAAUGUACCAAAGACCCGUCCAGAGAAAAUAUACCCAAGACCCGUCCAGAGAAAAUGUAUCCAAGACCCGUCCAGAGAAAAUGUACCGAAGACCCGCCCAGAGAAAAUGUACCAAAGUCCCGUCCAGAGAAAAUGUACUCAAGUCCCGUCCAGAGAAAAUGUACCAAAGUCCCGUCCAGAGAAAAUGUACCCAAGACUCGUCCAGAGAAAAUGUACUCAAGUCCCGUCCAGAGAAAAUGUACCCAAGACCCGCCCAGAGAAAAUGUACUCAAGUCCCGUCCAGAGAAAAUGUACCCAAGACCCGCCCAGAGAAAAUGUACUCAAGUCCCGUCCAGAGAAAAUGUACCAAAGUCCCGUCCAGAGAAAAUGUACCUAAGACCCGUCCAGAGAAAAUGUACCCAAGACCCGUCCAGAGAAAAUGUACCCAAGACCCGUCCAGAGAAAAUGUACCAAAGACCCAUAUGGAGAAAAUGUACCAAAGACCCGUCUAG